AUGGCGCGUACUCUUAUCGUAUUUGGAGCUGGUUCUGGCAUUGGUAACAACGUGGCUGCGGAAUUCGCUUCCAAGGGCAUCAACCAUAUCAUUCUCCUCUCCCGUAACACAGAACGACUACAGAAUGAAGAUGCGCCUUUUGUCUCGAAAGGCAACUCUUCCGUCAAAGUGGACACUCUACGCAUCGAUCUUGCAGAUCUAAAAUCGAUUCCUGGUGUACUCAAGGAGCUUGAUAGCCUGACCGAGGGCGAGGAUGUCGAAGUCAUUUUCUUCAACGCGGCGCGCGUCAAGCCAGGCGAAGUCCUGGGCGUGGAUGUUGAGGAAAUCGAUGAGGACUUCAAGACAACCAAUCUAUCUCUCUACGUAAUCUCACAACAUUACAUUCCCAAGCUCCAAGCCCUCGCCAAAUCUAACACCUCUCUUAAGCCUGCUCUUCUUGUUACAAGCAGCCACCUGCCAUGGGAUCCCAUUCCGCAGCUUCUUUCAUUAAGUCUGGUCAAGGCUUCACAGAAGAACAUGGUGGAUAGCUUCCGUCGCUAUUUUGGCGACAGUGGUAUUCAUUUUGGUUUGAUUCAUGUCGAAGGAACUGUAGCUCCUGAGAACAAAGUGCUGAACCCUGGAACAAUCGCCAAGAAGACAGUGUCAUUUUGGGAGAGUGGAAAGGGCGAACAUAUCAACAUCAGAGAGGAGUGA